AUGAACGAUACUGGAGACGAAGCAUCCCCAUACAGCUCUGGCUAUCUCACGCCGCCCUUGUCUCCGACCAAGACUGUCAGCACAGAAGGCUGGUGGUCACCCAGGACUCCCGGAUCACCUCGCAAAUCUCGCAGCUGUCUAUUCAUUCGAGACAUCGACAAUGGCCUAGACACUCCCUUUCUCACUCCUCCACCCUCUCCUACAAAGCCCAAGUUUGCAUCUCGUCUCGGCGCGCUUUCAAUUCCAGAGAUACUUUCAGCUCCUUGUGAUCCCACUUCGUCUCAAUCAAAUGAUGAUUCGCCCAUAAAGCGACAAGUACAGAAUGCUAACCAGUCUUCUCCCUCGCCGUCACCCACGCUCGCUCGCUCAAACAUACGCUUUUCGCAUAAUGCUGACAGUCAUUCCGACGAUCAAACCACAACUCCCACCGACGUCACCGGUAGUCCAAUCCCAGCUCGAGACAUCUUCGCUCCGAGAAAGCGGAGCCAUUACCGCAGCGUGUCGGAUAGCUUCUCGAGUGGACUGGAGCCGAAUUCAUCUUCCACAGCUUUCUCUUCAGAUACAGUCGCUGUAGACAUCGAGAGUUUGAUAUCACUCUCCACAACAUAUGCUGAUCCCUCUGUCGAGGAACCUUGCUCUCCGACAAAACUCUGUCGGCUCACUCCCCGCCAUGCCAGCUCUCCUCUGAGGCCAAGCCAAUGGGCGGCACGCGGUGGCUUGCUGCCCUCUCCACGUCGAGGUCGAACAAGCACGCCGGAUCGCUUCAUUGCGUGUCGUCGCCCACCGGCGAUCACUCGCGAGAGCUUUGAACUGAACAAGCCAGUCGAGCGUCUAGAAAUAGAACAGAUUGUAUAUCGCGGCGUUCGACCUGGUGGAGAUCCUUUCAGUCGCCGGCUGCGCAGAACUGGCCGUCUCAACGAUGAGCUGCGAGGUCUACGAGAAGCACACUCUCAGAUUAUGGGACGGGUUACUACUAAUCGCAGAAACAACAACUUGGCUUUGAGACGUAACUCUCUCACGCUGAGCCCUCGCCAGGUCAGUGCUGGCGCUAUUUGGAAUGUCGGCGGACCCUCCGCCGUUAGCAAUACCGUCAGUGGUGUCUCUACUGGUAGAGGCGGUAUGCUUGGUAGUGGAACGAACGCACCUCUCUACCGGUCGGCCUUUCUCAAUCGAGCAGACCCCGAAGCUGAGCUAGAAGCCUACGAGCGGCGUCUUGCAUUGGCACUUGACGUUGAUCAGGUCGAUCGAAUUCUACAACAUUCUCCAGCGUUCACCAGCGUCCAAAAUAACGGAUAUGACGGCACGGCGUCCCAUGAAAAGCACGUGUGGCGAGAUGGAGCGUGGGUCAUGGAUGGUGUUCAUUCGCUUCUCGACGCCCCUCAACUACGAGAUGACUACUAUUGUACCCUGCUUGCCUACUCUCAUACUGCCCAAUGUCUUGCAGUGGGACUGGGUAACUUUGUACACAUUUGGUCAGAAAGAAACGGGGUGGACACUCCUGAGUCGCUCAACUCCGUUCACGCUACUUCCUUGCCAGAAGUUCAGCACGUCACAUCGCUUGACUUUUCCUCGGCUCAGGGUGGUCAAGCGAUUCUUGCUGUAGGACGAGCAGAUGGCCGUAUUGCUCUUUGGAGCCCAUUUGACUCAGAACCUCGUUUCGAUGCCACUCAGCCCAAACCUAUCUCGUGCGUCUCUUGGAGACCCACCGUCGUGCAACGGUCUUCACUGCGUGACAGAGCGCUGACGGUAGCCACUGAGGAACUGCUCAUCGGCGAUGAAGUUGGACAUCUCUACUUUUACAGCAUCGAAUGGCCGUCAGAGACACAGAGCGCGUUAUUUGGCUGGCACGGGGCAAUGACACUUCUUGCGCGCCUGACGAUUCACACGCAACAGAUCUGCGGGCUAGCUUGGUCGGUAGAUGGCGAGCUAUUCGCCAGUGGAGGAAAUGACAACAACUGCUCACUUUUCGAGACGAAAAAGGUCCUCCGUCCAAGCGGCAACAGCGAUAACACAGCCUCUUCUCUAGACAUUCGCGAAGGUCCUAGCGGCGAAUCAAUUUACACUGUAACCAACCGCUCCGGUUCCGUCCUCCACCUUCCCGCUACCAUAGCAAAAUACAAAUGGACGCUCAACGCCGCCGUGAAAGCCAUGGCCUUUUGCCCCUGGCAACGUGGCCUUAUAGCCAUUGGAGGCGGCUCUAACGAUCGCUGCAUUCACUUCUACCACACCCGGUCAAGCACAUGUCUUGCGACCAUCGACUGCGCCGCGCAAGUCACGAGCCUCAUUUGGUCCCAGACACGACGAGAGAUUGCAGCAACGUUCGGCUUCGCGCAGCCAGAGCAUCCAUAUCGCAUCGCAGUCUUCGCCUGGCCCAGCUGCGAGCAGGUCGUUGCCGUGCCGUGGUGGGACGAAAACCGUGCACUGUGUGCUGUUGCGUACCCUGGCGGCCCGAUGAGCGGACCUGACGUAGAUGAAAGUGGGAGGGCCAGAGGCGAGGACGGUGUGUGGUCCAGAAGAGGUGUCGAAGAGGGUUGUAUCGUCGUUGCGGCUAGUGAUAUGGCAAUUCGAUUCCAUGAGAUUUGGACAGAUAAAAGGGGAAGUGUGGAAAGAGGGUUGCUGGGCAAUGGGACGAGAGGGUUGCUCGGUGGAAGUGACAUUCUUGAGGGGCUUCAUGGUGUUGAACAGGAGGGUGCUGUGAUUAGGUAGGGAUGUUGGGGUUGUAAGUGAGUGGGUUGAUUGCGUAUGGCAUCCCUCUGGUGUUGAAGCAUUGUCAAUUGGAGUGAUACAUCUCUUCGCCUCUGUGCCGCGCAUAGACACAAACGACAUUGCGUGGCUCGGCCCUAACCUCGCACCUAUGUUCCUACUCUUGAGUUG